AUGGAGGAGGACGAGGAGGAGGAGGAGGAAAACGGUUCUGGGACAGAGAUUGCUUUUAUUCUGGAUGGAUCAGGAAGCAUUGAGCCGGAGGAUUUUGAAAGAGCAAAAGCAUUCAUCCACAAGAUGAUGAAAACACUGUAUGAGAAGUGCUUCGAGUGCAAUUUUGCAGUGGUACAGUAUGGGUUUGAAAUCAGAACGGAGUUCGACCUGCGAGAAAACUGGGACCCACGUGCCACCCUCCAGAAAGUACUUGAUAUUGUCCAGGUGUGCAAUGUGACAAAAACAGCAUCUGCCAUGCAGCAUGUCCUGGAUUCUAUCUUCACUGAAAGUCACGGGUCCCACAAGGAUGCAGCCAAGGUCAUGAUUGUGCUUACAGAUGGGGAAAUACUCCUGGAUGAAAUGAACUUGACAACAGUGAUAAAUUCACCCCAAAUGGCAGGAAUCAAGCGCUAUGCCAUUGGGGUGGGAGAUGCCUUCAGAAAACCAAAGGCCCUAAAUGAAUUGCGGCUAAUUGCAUCUGGUCCAGAUGACGCUAAUGUAUUUCAGGUGACCAAUUAUUCAGCAUUAGAUGGGCUGCUUUCAACCCUGCAGCAGAGUAUUAUUGGUAUAGAAGGCACGCAGGGUGAUGCUCUGGAAUAUGAGCUUGCACAAGCUGGUUUCAGUGUGCAGAUCUUGGAUAAGCAAGUCUUGAUGUUUGGUGCGGUGGGGGCCUUUGACUGGUCUGGUGGAAUUCUGCUGUAUGAUCUGGCAACCAAGACUGCUGUUUUCCUGAAUGAAUCUAAAGAAGCAGCCAAAAAAGCAAAAUACGGUUACCUAGGAUACAGCGUGGCAGUGGUACACACAGAAUAUGGACCCUUGUACGUGGCUGGAGCUCCACGGCACAGCAUGAGAGGGAAGGUGUUGGUGUUUCAGGACAGCCGCUUAAAACAAACCCUGCAAGGAGAACAGGUUGGAUCUUAUUUUGGCUCUGAGCUCUGCCCAGUUGAUGUGAACCACGAUGGGGUGACAGAUCUUCUGCUUGUUGGAGCUCCAUUUUAUCACAUUCGAGGGGAAGAAGGAAGGGUUUACGUCUAUCGCCUGGAGACAGAGACUGGUUCAUUCACCAUGAAAGGGCACUUAAAUGUGCAGGUGACCUCUCCUUUUGCACGGUUUGGGUUUACCGUGGCCAGCAUUGGAGACAUCAAUGGGGAUGGAUAUGAGGAUAUUGCAGUUGGAGCCCCCCUUGAAGAUCAGCUUUCAAACAGUUCCUCUUUUGGCAGCAUUUACAUCUUUAAUGGUGAUAGAGACAAGAUCAAGAGCUCUUUUUCUCAAAGAGUAAAAGCCUCUGAAAUUUCUUCAGGACUCCAGUAUUUUGGACAAUCCAUUGAUGGUGGCUUUGAUUUCACUAAUGAUGGCCUCCAAGAUAUUACAGUAGGAUCACUGGAGAACGUGGUUUUGCUCCGCUCGAGACCAGUUGUCCACUUUCUCACAAGCAUAAGAUUCAAUCCUGAGAGAAUCCUAACUUUCCAAAAUAACAGCAUCGUUACAGCAAAACUAUGUUUCGAUACAAUCUCGGCUUUACCAGUGUCUCAACAAGUGUUUUCGCAGUUAUACAUUCUCUACACGGUGGACUUAGAUGUGAAAAUGGCAAAGAAGAGAGUACAGUUUGAAGAUCAGAACACCACAACAAGUGGAAAGCUGUUGGUCAGCAAGCACAUGUGCUCUGAGCUGCAGCUUUACACGCUGCCAUGUGACUUUGACUGUUUUUCCAGUGUUUUUCUGAGAGUUAAACACAAGCUCUAUAAGAAAAAUGAUAACAUGGAGUUUGCUGUUCCUGUGCUGGAUAGGUACAAGCCAUCAGAAAUGCAUUUUCAGUUGCCUUACAAGAAGGACUGCAACAAGACCAUCUGUACUGCUCAUUUAACUUUGACAAGUCAGAUUCAAAAAGAAUUAGUGGUGGGCCACACUAAAGAAGUGACCAUGAAUGUUUCACUAACGAACAGUGGAGAUGACUCGUACAUGACAACUAUGGUCUUGAACUAUCCUAAAAACCUACAUUUUAAGAAGGUGACCGUUGAGCCAUCCUCUCCUGCUAUUCACUGUGGCCAACCAAUACCAUUAACUUCUGUAGUCUUAUCCUGUAACUGCAGAAUUGGGCACCCGGUAUUCAAGAAGACAACUGCAAAGUUUUCAGUGAUUUGGCAAUUAGAUGAAAGCGUCUUCCAAAAUAAGUCUGCAAUCACCAUUAAUAUCACCAAAAGCAUAAAUGAAAAUAGCACCAUUCUGACUGAAGAACACGUCCUUGAUGUCAGAUAUGCAUUCACCGCAGUCCUUACCAAACCAGUUUCGUUAAUGUACGUGAAUGUUAGCGAAGGACUUCUUGAAAACAAAGAAUUCAAAUUUAAUAUAAACGGAGAAAAUCGCUUUAACGCUACCAUCAAGUUACAGAUUUGGGUUCCUAUCAGUAUACAAGGUCACAAGAUAAUAACGGUGAAAAAUGCAUCAGGAACACAGUUCUUAAAAAGCAGAACUGUUCUGCUGGUCCCUGGAAAAAUCACCUUCAACAGAGAACUAUAUCUGGGCCUGAAAGAAGAGAAUCAUAAUGCUGAGAUUACUCUUGUCUUCCUGAAAGACGAAGUGUUUGAUCCCUUGCCUGUUAUCAUAGGAAGCUGUCUUGGUGGACUUCUUUUGCUGGCGUUCAUUAUUCUGCUCCUCUGGAAAUGUGGCUUUUUCAAAAGAAACUAUAAAACUAUGAUGGAGCAAGAAGAUACUUCCUGAAGACUAAGCUGGCCAAAGCAGGAAGCUCUGUAUUCUUUCACCGGCUUUUUGGAAACAGCAGAGUCAAAGUCUGGCUAAGAUGCAAAACAAUUCAUAUUCCCUGGUAGAGCUAUGGCACUCCGGAUCUUGGGACUCUCCCAAACUGCUGUUUUGACCACAGGGGCCCAGCUUUUUUGGGCAAUCCAGUUGCCUGCUUGUUUAAUUUGAACUGACUGUUUGUCAUAGAGGGACUGCCUGGUAUUGAUAAACUAGACUCCCCAUAAGAAAUUUUGCUUUAAUGUAGAUAUGCUAGGAAAAUUCAUCUUGGAGCCUGUUAGAUUUAUGUAUUGGAUUGCAGUCUUAGUUGCUGUGAUGCUGAGUGGUUUUUAAAUUGGUUUUAGUACUGAGUAGCUCCAGAAUAGAUUGAAAUAGAAAUUAAUUAGGGGAAGCUUCCCAUCCUGCUAUUGCUAAUGAAAAUGGAGACACAAGCAUUUUACACAUACAUGUAUAUACAGAUAUAUGUAUAUAUAUACACAAAUUUGUGCAUUUUAAUACAGUAAAGUAUGUCCCUUGAUGUCUCUGGUUCUUGGAAUCAGAAGCGUGUGUGUGUGGUGAUUAGUUUUUUUGUACCUCACAAUCUUAUUUCUGAUUUUCCAUUUUCAGUUGCUUUCAAGUCCUGAUUUGGUCACAAAUAAAAACUUGUAUC